ACGUAGCCAGCGUCAGGUUUGGCCAGCUGGGGCACGGUAUUUGACUUCAUCCGGUCAAUCUCCAUCGAGUGAUUUAUAAAAAUAUUUUUAUUUUGUCUUACUAUGUGCCAGAGCAGUCAAACUCCUAAAAGUGUAUAAUGAAUUUAUUUCAUGGUGUCGCGUGUGAAUGUAGUUUGAUUUGCAGCACGUGCCGAAGGAUUUAGUCGUGUUAAGGAAAGGAGAAGGACGUCUCUGUUAUUAUUAUUAUUAUUAUUAUUUUGCCUUUUUAGGUCAACAACAACGUUUACAUGUUUCUGGUGGGGUUAACGGGAGGAAUCGCCUCAGGAAAGAGCACCGUGUCCUCUCAGCUCCGGGAGCUCGGCUGUCCUGUCAUCGAUGCGGAUGUCGUGGCCAGGAGAGUGGUGGAGCCUCAGACCCGAGCGUACCGCCUCCUGGUGCAGUAUUUCGGGCAGGAGGUUCUGCUGGAGAACGGGGAGAUAGACAGACAGAAGCUCGGCCAGAUCAUCUUCUCCGACCCUGAGAAACGCAGAAUGCUGAACUCCAUCACACACCCUGAGAUCCACAGAGCCAUGCUCAAACAGAUCCUGUACUACUUCCUCCGAGGUUACCGCUAUGUCAUUCUGGACGUUCCUCUGCUGUUUGAGACGCGUCGUCUCACUCACUUAAUGAAGCACACCGUCGUGGUGUAUUGUGACCCCGCCACUCAGCUGGCUCGGCUCAUGCAGCGUGACUCCCUGAGCCGCGAGGAGGCAGAACAGCGCAUUGCUGCCCAGAUGCCCCUGAGCGAGAAGCGAGGGCUGGCCAGGCAUGUAAUCGAAAACUCCGGCUCGCGCGAGGACACACACCGCCAGGUCCUGCGCUUACACACCGUGCUGGACGACUCCAUGGAGUUCCUUCCCAUCAGAGCCGUCGCCGUGGCAGCCGUCGCCGGGCUAGGAGGACUCUUUCUGUACAUGCUUAAACUCCUAACAUCUUAGCCAUCAAGUGCAAAACACAUUUUACGUAGCGAAUGUACUUUAUAUACAGAAAUGACCUACAGACUUUAACCUCUAUCAAAAACAUAUUCCUCACACACAGCAUCUUUAUCACCCACAGCCCGCUGUCCUGGAGACACACGGAUACACUUCAGCACUUUUUUACGUUACAAAUGACGCUCAACUGAUCGUUGGUUUCAUAUUAACGGCUCGAAAGAAAGCGAUCCAAAACUAAUCGGUCAGUUAAGACUUUAACAGGAAAGGAGGCAGUGACCAGCUGCAGUGGACGAGCUGCAUUAUAGGAAGCGUUUUCUUACUGUUUAGUCGCCAUUUUUGUCACCAGGGCAAAAUGUAAACGCGCUGUAAACUCACUCACUAAUUUAAGGAUGAUUGAUGUAGAAAAUUAGCAAAUCAGCUAUUAAUUUUUUGUGGAUUUGGCCUACGAAAGCGAAGAUUAUAAAAGAUCGAAAAACGAGUGGCUCAGUCGUUGAAUUUACACAAAACAAUUUAUAAAAUUUGUGAAAAAUCACAUAACCAAUUCGUUUAAAAAUCACUACAGAAAUAUUUGUGUAGGUUUUUUUUUUUUUUUUAAAUUAAUAACCAAAAAAGCAAUGAUAAUAAAAUGUUAGUAUUAAGCAAGUUAAUAAUUAUCACACUGUAAAUAAAGUAAAAAUUUGUUAUGUUUUAAUUUUUUGUUUUUUUGGGAGAAAACCUAACUAAUAUAUACAAAUUUUAAGCUUUUCUCUUCGGUUUUAUUUUUCCCAUAUUUUUAAGAGUGUUUAGUAUAGAAUGGGUUUUCUUCCACAUUCAGACAAAUCGAAAAGCUACAUAAAUUUUAAUGGUCAGUAUCACAAUUUGCACUUUUUUUGCUACAAAGCUUUGGGAAAUGGGGCUGGAUCACAGCCUGCGUGUCCUACCACAUAGUGUGGGUUGGUUUUUGUUUUCUUUCCUGGUGAAAGUGAGUUCGCGAAAUUAUUUAUUCAUCUAUAUUCAGUUCUAAAGUGCACUAACGGAGGUCCAGCUACUUAACACACCUCUUUACAGCAUUUCGAAUUCUGUCCUCAUAACGACGAAGAAACUGAAAACACUGUGAUUGAUUCAAGCACACAAACACUAUAAUCUGCUCUGUAAAUGAAGCUCAGUUUCAGUUUUCUUUGUCUCACACACACACACACACACACACAGGUGAAGCUGAAUGUAUCCGGUCAAGUCAGUGCUGCUCUUUGGAAAUGAAGGGAAUGUAACAGUUGAACUGACACAUUAAACAAGUUUCCAGAAUAA